AAGGGGCUGAAGUUGAAGUUAGCGCCGGUCGACACACACACGCCUGUAGCUCCUGUGUGUUUGUGUGUUUUCACCAUUUCUCGUGUGUUUUCGUGGACUUCACACCGGACGCUAUGGGAGUACACCGGCUGUCAGCGUCCUGUCAAAGGAUUUUCAAAGUUCCUGAAGCGUGAGGGGAGAAAACGGACAGAAAAUUCCUGGAAGAGUCACCUAACUCGACCUCAGGUCUGAGGUCCUUGUGGGUGAAUUAAAGAUGGCAGCUUCAGGAACAACCCUCCUCACUUUAGCAGCAGUGCUCCUGCACGUGGGAAGAUGUCAGGCGAGUGUGGAAAAGGGAAAGGACAGCUCGCCGCUGAGGUUCACGCACCAUCUCUACAACGUCACCAUCAAUGAGAACUCUGCACCACGGACGUACGUCGAGACGCCUGUGAAGAUGGGCAUCGAAGUGACGGAUCCGUUCUGGGAAAUUGCCUUUCAUGUCGUCUCAGGUGAUGACGAUGGCCUUUUCCAAGCGGAGGCCGUCAAAGUUGGCGACUUCUGCUUCCUCAGGAUCAAAACUCGCACUAGCUACUCAGCACUCCUCAAUCGGGAGGUCAGAGACACUUACACUGUCACUGUUGAGGCAAUCGAAAGCACUUUUGACUUUGACUCGAAGACAAAGGUGUUUGUCCAGGUGCUUGACACCAAUGACUUAAAGCCUCUUUUCUAUCCUGCCUCUUACAACGUGGCCAUUAAUGAGGACACACCACUCAAGUCAAGUGUGGUGAGGGUUAGUGCCACAGACGCUGACGUUGGGAGCAACGCUGAGUUUUAUUACUCUUUCACCAGCAGAGCUCAUCCCUUCGCCGUCGACCCUUUCACAGGCACGGUCAGCGUUGUCAAGAAGCUCAACCGCACCCGGUCGGAGAGAUACGACCUCACAGUUUUAGCUGAGGACAGGACCAAGAAAAUAUCUGGCGUUCAAAAGUUUGGUAAUGUCGCCAGAGUCACAGUAAACGUGGGUAAGAUGUCGAACGGGCCCCUGUUUGUCACAUGUCCCCGAAAGCCCUCGGUGUCUGCAGACGGCAAAAUAAGUAUCAGUGUCCACGUGGAGGGAGGAAUCAAGUCUGUGAAAUCCCUUAAUAUUGUUGGAGGAGAUCCACACAAGUGUUUUGAGAUAAUCCCCUCAGGUGUUCAGGGCACUGACUUCCAAGUGAUCUCGACAAAGAGGAUUAUCUUGUCUCAAACUCCUUCUGGGCUGAAUCUUUCCCUCCAAGCUAAAGACAGGAGCUUCCCGACUUCACUCUCUCCAAUUACACAAAUCCACAUUCCGGCCUAUCAUUACAGCCCAUUGGCAUUUUUGGAAGACACCUACAUUGCCACACUGAGUGAGUUUUCCCCUCCCAAAAGUCACGUUCUGAAGGUUUCUGUCAACGUGGCGUCUUAUAACGUUACCUUUAGCAUCAAAAAUAAUCCAGACAGCUCCAAAUUUAGGAUAAAUCCCAAAACGGGGAUUAUCAUAACAACGGCAACAUUUGACCACGAGAGUAAGGAUCGAUACGAGUUUGAUGUAGUGGCCAGUCACGGUGAAGCGGAGACUCACAUAGUGGUUGAGAUAACAGAUGAAAAUGACAACGGCCCAGAGUUCACCCGGAGCUCCUACCAGGCCACGCUGGAUGAAAACAGCCCCGUUGGCAGCAGCGUUUUGAAAGUAGCAGCCACGGACAGAGAUAGCGGCAAAAAUGCCUUUGUGACUUACUCCAUUGCCAACUCAGGCCCCUUACCUUUUACAAUAGACCCCUUUACUGGUGUCAUCUCAACCUCCGAACACUUGGACUACGAGCGCAUGAAACGGCGGUACCACCUGAGGGUGUGGGCCUCGGACAGCGGCAGCCCCUUCAGCCAGGUCAGCGAAUGUCCCGUGACGAUAACUCUGAACAACGUCAACGACAACAUCCCCCUGUUUGAGAGGGUGGGCUGCAAUGCCACCGUACCUCAAGACGUACGUGUGGGACACACGAUAUGCCAGCUGUCAGCCAUCGACCUAGAUGAGCUGCAGCAGCUGACGUACGUCAUCGUGUCAGGAAAUGAGCCCCAAGUGUUUGGAAUUGACCCUGUGUCAGGAGCCAUCACCCUCAGGCAACAGAUUCACCUGGGAUCAGGUUCGUUCACUUUGAGAGUCGUAGCCACGGAUGGAAAACAUCGCUCCGAAGCAACAGUUGUCAGGAUCACUGUCACGAACAGAGGCGAUGAGCCGACGCUCCACUGCCGGGAAACGGACAUCUUAAAACAGCUCACCGAUAAACUGAUCGAGUCCAUCGAACCCAUUUUAACCAAUCAAGAGGAAGAGUCGUUCUCCGAUAUUCACAUCACCAACCGAUACUCUCCCAAGUUCGACAUCAGCAUUCCCAGCUCCAUUGAGCUCAUUGAGGACCAUCCGCUGAAUUCCAGCAUUGUUCAGUUCAAGGCCACAGACAGCGACACCGGGUUUAACAGCAAACUGGUUUAUUCCAUUUCCAGCGGGAACGAAGACGGCUGCUUCUCCAUUGACACUUUCUCGGGUGACCUUGUGUUAGUUUGCCCACUCGACAGAGAGAGUAAAGAGUUCUACAUUCUGAACAUCACCGUUUACGACUUGGGAACGCCGCAAACAUCCGCAUGGAAAUUUAUCGCAGUGAAUGUCAUGGACGUCAACGACAACCCCCCUGUGUUCGAUCAGCACAGAUAUGUCAUACGUGUGCCGGAAAACAUAGACGUUGACUCUGUUAUUUUUACGGCACGCGCCGUCGAUCUGGACGCAGAGACAAAUGGUAACGUCCUGUAUUCCCUGCUGACGUCUACCGACAUGUUCGGGAUUGAUGCCCUGACGGGGGAGGUCACUGUGAGGCAGCAUCUGGAUCGAGAAACCUCGCCAAGGCACGACCUGAUGAUUGAAGCCAGAGACCAGGCCAAACUCGGCCCUCAGUUGUUCUCCAUGCUCGACCUUGUGGUUGUACUGCAAGACGUUAACGAUAACCCACCCAAGUUUGUACCCAAGGUUUACAAAAUAAAAGUCCCCGAGGACGUUCCUGUGGGCACCCAUCUUGUCUGGGUGGAGAGCGUCGACUUGGAUCUGGGCAUCGGCGGCCUCGUCACCUACAACCUCAAGAACACAGAGAGCGGGAUCUUUCACCUUGACUCCUCCACUGGCGCCCUGACCCUUGAGAGGGAGCUGGACUUUGAGAGGAGGCCAUCUUACAACCUCACCAUCCGGGCUGUCGACCACGGCCUCCCUCGCUCCCUCUCCUCCUCCUGCUUCGUGGAAAUCCAGGUUCUGGACGUCAACGAGAACCUCCACACGCCGGUGUUCUCAGAGUUUGUGUACGAAUCGGGCGUGAUGGAGGACGCCGCCGUGGGGACGUCUGUGGUCACGCUUACAGCUUCGGACAAGGACCUGGGCAGAGACGGAGUCGUUAGGUAUCACAUCCACGAAGGAUCUGGUGUCGGAGUUUUCACCAUCGAUGAGGAAACAGGUGUGAUUCGUACAACUGAGACCUUGGACCGCGAGACGAUACCUCACUACUGGCUGUCCGUCUAUGUCACCGACCUGGGGACCGAGCCUCUGAUCUCCUGGACUCACGUCUUCCUGGAGGUGCUGGACGUUAACGAUAACGCUCCGGAACUUUCCCAGCCCGUGUACUUUGCAUCUGUCCAGGAGAACGUGGACAAGGUCAAAUCUGUCGUCCAGGUGUCAGCCACAGAUGUGGACACUUCAUCUGAGGGGAAGCUUUCCUUCCAGAUGCCGGAACCUCACCGGAAGUAUUUCGAAGUCGACUCCAAAACAGGUGUUAUCAGCACUCGCUCAGCCUUGGAUCGGGAGGCUAAGCCGGAGCACUGUAUCGAGGUCAUCGUGUCAGACAACGGAUCUCCAUCGCUUCGCUCCACCGCCACCGUAGUGAUCCGAGUUCUGGACGCCAACGACAACCGACCAAAGUUCACCGACAAACUUUUCCACGUCAAGCUGCUUGAACAGCGCCACCAGGAGGGUAAAAAGGACGUCUACAGGAUGGUCGCCCGUGAUGGUGAUGAGGGUUCGAACGCUGUGGUGACCUACAUGCUCCAAGACAACAAGGACGAGCGCUUUGAGAUCGACUCGGUGACGGGCGAGGUGACAUCGCACGGGGAUUUCUCCCCCGGGAACUACAGCAUUCUCACGAUCAAAGCCACAGACGAAGGCCACCCCUCCCGAUCGUCCACAUCCCGACUCGACAUGGAGUGGAUCGCCCGCCCGCCCCCGUCUGCCGAGCCAAUCACGUUCGAGGAGCCCCACUUCACCUUUGCCGUCAUGGAAAAGGACAACGUCACACACAUGGUGGGCAUCAUCAUGACGGAGACGCAACAGCUGAGGUGGUUUGAUAUCGUAGGUGGGGAUGAAGAAAAGGACUUUGACAUCCAGAGGAAUAGUGGAACCAUCUCCAUCGCCCGCCGCCUCGAUGCGGCUCGCCGCUCCAACUACAACCUGACGGUGCGAGUCACCGACGGCCACCACACGGCCACCACACAGGCCUACAUCCGGGUGCUGGACAUGAACGAACACCGGCCGGUCUUCCUGAAGCCGCUGUACGAGGUGAGGGUUCCUGAGGACACCUCCCCGUGGAAGGACAUCCUGCAGAUCAGUGCUCAGGACGCCGACGCCAACAGCAAGCUGGUGUUCUCCAUCCACAGCAGCCUCCACCCUGACAGCACCAAGUUCUUCCACCUGGACCCAAAGAGCGGCGUCCUGGUGAUGACGGAGGAGCUCGACUAUGAGAUGAUCUCUGUUCAUACUCUCAUUGUCAUGGUGCGUGACCAGGAGAUCCCAGUGAAAAGGAACUUUGUGAAGGUGGUGGUUCACGUGGAGGACUGCAACGACCACUCGCCAGCGUUCCUCAGCCCUCGGUACGAGGCCACCAUCUCCAACCUGGCCCCUACUGGCUCCGAGGUGAUCCGCGUCAAGGCGCUGGACAAGGACAUGGGCAGCAAUGCAGACGUCAGCUACUCUCUGCACUCAGGAAACAUCGACCACAUCUUCUCCAUCGAUCCUGAGCUGGGCUCCAUCACUGUCUCUAAGCCUUUGGAUCUCCAGCCUCAGGACCUGUUCCACCUGACGGUGAAGGCCACCGAUCAGGGCUUCCCUCAGCGCAGCGACCUCUGCUCCAUCCACGUCCACAUCCGCAUCUCCGACCAUUCCCCCCCCACCUUCCUUCUGGACGAAUACCUAACAGAGAUCAGUGAGCUAAGCACCUUCGGAACGCCGGUCGUCACCAUCUCGGCUUCCAGCCCCGCUGCAGUGCAUUAUGGGAUAGAAAGUGGAGAUCCAAAUGGGAUGUUUCACAUCAACCCCUCCACCGGGGUGAUUUCAACCCAACAGCACCUUGAUUUUGAGAACUGUGUUUCCUACAAACUCAAAGUCACAGCUUCCACGACAGCCGGAGCCUCGUCCAGGACCCUCGUCCACAUCUACGUGAUGGACGAGAACGACAAUGCUCCUGCUUUUCAGCAGAGGGCGUACUCGGGGCACAUCGGUGAGUCGGCGACCAUGAACAGCCUGGUGAUGGGAGAAGGAAACAUUCCUCUGGUCAUCCAGGCGUCCGACGCUGACAGAGAUGUAAACUCACUGCUGGUGUAUCAGAUCCUCGAGCCCGACAUCCUGAACGUUUUUAAGAUGGACUCCGGUAUGGGAACCAUCUCUUUAAUUUCACCAGUCGACUUUGAAACCAGGGCCGAGUAUCACUUCACGGUGCAGGUGAAGGACUCGGGGGAGCCAUCGCUGUUUGCGGCCGAGCCCGCCAAGGUGACUGUUCGCAUCCUGGACCUGAAUGACUGCCCCCCCCAGUUCACCGCCCCGGUGUACGAGCCGUCCGUCAUGUUCCCGGCUGUCAGACACUCAGAGGUCGUGCGCGUCACGGCCCAUGACGCCGACUCGUCAGUCUCAUACAGCAUCACUGAGGGGAAUCUUAACAACGCUUUUUCUGUUCACCCCGAAACCGGCGUCAUCACCGUGAGCAACGUGUCUGAAUUCAGGACGUUUUAUCAACUCGUUGUCAAAGCCUCCGACGGCCUCUACAAAGACUCGGCCACCGUCAUGAUAAAUGUAACAAACCUCACAGCGAGCGACCUCGGGUUCGAGCAGAGCGUUUAUUCAGCGAGCGUCACAGAAAACCUCAAGACGGUCAAAACGUUAGCGGCACUGAAAGCAACAGGCUGCCAUUUCAACGAGCCUCUUUUAUAUUCUGUGCUAAACCCAAUGGGGAGGUUUGCGGUGUCCCAGACGUCGGGCGUUCUUGAAACAACGGGUGUCCCCUUUGACAGGGAGGAGCAAGACGUGUACAAUGUGGUGGUGAAGGUAGAAGACAUGAGGACCCCAGCCAGGACGGCCACAGCUCAGGUGAAGGUGUUCAUAGAUGAUGUCAAUGACAAUGCUCCACAGUUUCUAAAUCUACCGUUUUCAAUGAUGAUUACUGAGGACACGGAACCGGGAGAUGUUUUAUACCAAGUAAUUGCCGUCGAUAAAGAUCUGGGUGAAAACGGAUCCAUCAUGUAUUCACUAGAGGAAGAUUACAACCUGUUCAGAAUCGAUCCCGAUGUCGGCGACGUGUCCCUUCAGAGGCCGGUGGACUUUGAGGCCCUGAACAAGUACGUGUUGAGGGUCUUGGCUGUGGACGAGGCUGAGCCCACUCACACCACAACGGCGCAGCUUGCUAUUCAGGUGAGGAAUCGAACCAACCCCGUUUUCCAGACUCUUCUUUACCCGCUGAAGGUCCCUGAAAAUGUCCCGACCUUCACCACCAUCCUGCACGUCCAGGCCAGAAAUCCUGAGGGCUAUCGGCUCAUCUACAAUCUUGAAGAGGAAAACGCCUCGAGACACUUUCACAUCGAUUUCAAAACGGGCGUUUUGACCAUCACCAACCCGCUGGACUACGAGAGUGAGACGAUGCACGUGUUAACGGUCCGAGCGACGGAUUCUGUGACCGGAGCUUUCUCCGAGGCCUCGAUAGAAAUCGAAGUGGAGGACGUGAACGAUAACGCACCGGUGUUCUCGAAGCCAAAGUACAGCGUGAACAUUGCUGAAGCGCUUCCUGUUGGUUCUUCAGUGAUUCAAGUGUCUGCCUCCGACAGGGACUCUGGUCAGAAUAAAGAUUUGACCUUCGAGAUAAUGAAAACUGAGGGAAACGAGACAGAUUUCUUCGACGUCGACCCGAGCAGCGGGUUGAUCGUCACAAAACAAGUCCUGGAUCAUGAAAACACAAAGCACUUUACUUUGAAAAUCAAAGCCAUUGACCACAGCUCUGCUCCUCUCAGCAGUGAAACCAGCGUGUUUGUAAAUGUCACAGAUGUCAAUGACAACCCACCAGACUUUGUCACCUCCCAGUACGGAGCCAAUCUGGAUGAAAUGGCAAAGUGUGGCCACAUCGUCAUCAAGAUCCAAGCUUCGGAUCCCGACACCGGCGACCUGAAUAACCUCAAGUACAAAAUCCUCUCGGGGAACGAAGGCCGUUACUUCAACAUCAACGAAUCCUCGGGAAUCAUCUCCUUCUCUAACGUGUGCAAGAGGAACCUGGAUCCUUACUACAACCUGACAGUGGCCGUGUCUGACGGCGUGUUUCAGAAAACUGCACCGGUCAAUAUCGACAUGAUAAACAGCAACAGACACAGUCCGUACUUCAAGCAGAGCGUCUACGAGGCCGAGCUGGCUGAGAACGCCGAGGCGGGGACUCGUGUGAUCCGAUUGGCUGCCAUCGACCCUGACGACGGGCCCUACGGCAGCGUGGACUACACCAUCAUCAACAAACUCGCCGACGAGAAAUUUGCCAUCGACGUUGACGGACAGAUCGUUACCACACAGCCGCUGGACAGAGAGAACCCAGCCCAGAGGGUGAUCGCUAUUAAAGUGAUGGCGAAGGACGGCGGCGGAAAAGUGGCCUUUUGCACCGUGAAGAUUAUUCUCACCGACGAGAACGACAACGUGCCUCAGUUCAAAGCGUCGGAAUACCAGGUGUCGAUUCAGUCAACGGUAAAUAAAGGCUCCCCGGUCAUUCAGAUCAUGGCGUACGAUGCAGACGACGGCAAAAACGCAGACGUCACGUACAGCGUCGACGAAGCCGAAGAGAUGACCGAAGACAUCAUUGAGAUCAACCCUUUCACCGGAGUCGUGAGCGUGAAAGAGAGCCUCGUGGGCAAAGAGAACAAGAUCUUCAACUUCAAGGUCAAGGCUCGGGACGGCAGCCUUCCCUUCUACAACUCCACCGUCCCCGUCCAGGUCAAAGUGGUUUCUCCCGAGGUUCCUCUCCCAAAGUUCUCAGAGCCUCUCUACACCUUCUCAGCUGCCGAGGACGUCCCCAUCGGGACGGAGAUCGGCUCCGUGAGGGCCAACUCCAACACGCCGCUCAUCUACAGCCUGGUGAACGGGAACACGGUGGAGAGCAACAGGGACAGAGUUUUCAGCCUGGACAAGGAAAGCGGGACUCUGCUGGUGCAGAAGACCAUCGACCACGAGAAGACGAAGUGGUACCAGAUAGACGUGAUCGCUCAGGGGAACCACAACGGGACCGACGUGGCCUCACUGGUGUCCGUCAGUAUCCAGGUCCAGGAUGUGAACGACAACCAGCCGGUGUUCGAUGCCAGCCCGUACAGAGCCUUCCUGGCUGAGAACAUGCCGGCUGGAACCACUGUCAUACAGGUGACCGCCAAUGACCCGGACACCGACAACAACGGUAUUGUGACCUACACCUUGGAGUCACUCUCUGAUGACGCCACUGCUGACGUCACGGAGGUGUUUUCCAUCGACGGCGAGGGCGGCUGGAUCACGACCACGCGGGAGACGGACUGCGAGACCACCAGAGUCUACAGGUUCAACGUGGUGGCGACAGAUCACGGCGGCGACGUCAAGCUGUCGUCCAGCGUCCUGGUGGAGGUGACGGUGAUGGACGAGAACGACAACCCGCCCAAGUUCUCCGAUGACGUGUACCACGGCUCGGUGGUGGAGGACAGCAGUCCAGGGGAAGUCAUCGUCUCCAUGACAACCACAGAUGCCGACGUGUCUCUGGAGAACCGGCUUGUGACAUGUUACAUCACAGACGGCGACCCGUUGGGCCAGUUCGCCAUCAUCCAGCAGGACGAGGGCGAGUGGGGCUUGAUCGUGAAGGAACGUCUGGACCGAGAGACCAAAGACAGAUACACGCUCCGAGUCAUCGCCACCGACGGGAAGUCGGAGGCUGCGGUCGCCGUGGACGUCCACGUGCUGGACAUCAAUGACAACAGUCCGCAGUGUGACCAGCUGGUGUACACAGAGGUGGUGAUGGAGAACUCGCCCUCCAGCAUGUUUGUGCUGAAGGUUUCCGCCUCAGAUCCGGAUGUGGGCGCUAAUGGCCAGAUCUCCUACACCCUCCACGGUCCCGACGCAGACAAGUUCCAUCUCGACCACAGGACAGGCGAGCUGUUCACUCUGGCCGUGUUGGACCGUGAGAGGGAGGCGGGGUAUAACCUGGUGGCGAAGGCGACGGACGGCGGGGGCCGGUCCUGCCAGGCGGACAUCCUGCUGAUGAUCCAGGACAUGAACGACAACCCGCCUCGCUUCUCCUCCAGCCACUACGAGGUCACCGUGUUCGACAACACCACCCUGCGGACGCCCGUCGCCGUCAUAUACGCCCAAGACCCAGACACCGGAAUAAACUCCGAGGUGAAGUACUCCCUCCUGGCAGGAGACGACGGUUACUUCUCUGUGGACGAGUUUUCGGGGGUUCUGCGUCUGGAGCGACCUCUGACCUCGGACACCCCGCCCUCCUUCGAGCUGAAGGUGAAAGCCACCGACCGAGGGCUGCCCCGUCACCUCUACUCCAUCGCCACCAUGACGGUGGACGUGGUUUCCCUGGACAACUACCAGCCCGUCUUCCUGAGCUCCGAGUACACCGCCCAGCUCCCGGAGUCCGUAGCGGUGGGGGUGGAGGUGCUGAGCGUCUCCGCCCUCACCACGGAUGGAGGAGGGCCGGAACCUGUCGUGUAUCGCAUCGUGUCCGGUAACGAGGACGGACGUUUCCUGUUGGACUCAAGAACAGGCCUCCUGACCCUCAGCGCUCCGCUGGAUUUCGAAGUUUUGCGGGAGUACUACUUGUCUGUGGAGGGAAGUCGGGGCAAGUCGUCCCUCAGCGACAUCACCACGGUUAUCAUCAACGUGACGGACGUGAACGACAACGCGCCGGUUUUCGGACGGGGCGACUACAGCGCUGACAUAACGGAGGACAUGACGCCCGGAAGCCUGGUGAUGAAGGUUGCAGCCACUGAUCUUGACGGUCCGAUCAACAACCUGCUGCGUUACUCCAUCGUGAGCGGAGACCCUCUGCAGCAGUUCUCCAUCCACCCACGCAGCGGAGAAGUCACGGUGCGGACGGCCGUGGACAGAGAGGAGAUCCCUCACUACUCUCUGACGGUGCAGGCGGCGGACGAAGGAAAUCCUCCUCUGUCCACUGCGGUUCACAUCACCAUCUCCGUCACUGACGUCAACGACAACCCGCCGGUCUUCUCACAGGUCAACCACAAUCUGCUGCUGCAGGAGGGCGAGUCGGUCGGCAGCAGCGUCCUUCAGCUCGUGGUGACGGACAGGGACACGCCGAGGAACGGCGCACCUUUCUCUUACCACAUCGUGAGCGGGAACGAGGAUCGCCGCUUCCACGUCGACCAGGGCGGCCUGCUGUCGCUGUCCGCGCCGCUCAGGAAGAAGGUCAAACCCCGACAUCAGCUCAAGAUACAGGUGACGGACAGCGGCCACCCCCCCCUCUCCUCCAUCUGUGUGGUCAGCAUCAACGUCACCGAGCCGAGCAUGUAUCCCCCCUCUGUGGUUCCUCUGGAGGUCUUCAUCACCACCUCUGGAGGCCUGUUUGCCAACCGGGUCAUCGGCAGACUCCACGCGUCGGACCAGGACCUGCAGGACGUGCUCGCCUACAAGCUGGUGUCAGAAAGCCCGCCCGGAGGCGUGUUCUCCGUCGACCUCGCUGAUGGUAAAAUCUGGGCGGAUGAAAAUCUGGAGGAGGGCUCGUAUUCGCUCAACGUCAGCGUGACCGACGGGAAGUUCAGCGUCUGCACCGGGGUCAAAGUUCACGUGUGGGCGGCCGACCAGAGGGCGCUGGACUCCGGCCUGACGCUGCAACUGGACAGGAUGUCGCCAGAGGAGUUUCUGGGAGAUCACUGGAGAGGCCUCCAGCGCAGCCUGAGUCAGGCUCUGGGUUUACCCAGACAGGAGCUCCACCUGGCCAGCCUGCAGCAGCAGGACGCCCAGGUCCUGGAGCUCCUGCUCAUCUGGAGGCAGGAGAGUGGACUGGUCCAGACUCUGCCGACCAGCCGACUCUCAGGAAUCAUAUUAGACAUGGAGGACUCUCUGGGCCUGAGCAUCCGCCGGGUGAGCCACAACGGCUGUGUGGACGCCGGCUGUCCGCCACGCGGCUGCAGGAACGCCGUCCGGCUGACGGGAGAGCGGCUCGGCCAUUUCACCACGGCCAGAGCUGGUUACAUCACCCCCCAGCACGCCUGGGAGAGCGUCUGCCCCUGUAACGAGACGGCAGUGAGGUUCGAUGGUAAAUCUUACCUGAAGUACCUGCACAGGAUGGACGAGGACAACCACGAGUUUAAACUGUCGCUGAAGUUCAAGACCUCUCGGGAUCAAGGGCUCAUCGCGUCGGCCAACAGCUCCAACGACUGGGGCGUCCUACAGCUGACCAGCGGAGAGCUGCUCUUCAGGUUCAGCUGUGGAAACGCCGCCCCUGGUUCGCUGCUCGUCAGAUCCGCUCCUCUCUCAGACGGCCGGUGGCACAGCGUCCUGCUGGAGGUCAACUCCACCGCCCUGAGGCUGACCCUGGACCAGCAGCACCCGGCCUCCAGCGCCCUGACCGAGCCGUGCCGGAUGAUGCGCUCCCACGGUGCUUUGCUUUUCGCUUCGCCUUCACAGGGCUCCCCACCCGAGGGCCACGGGCACCUGCCUAACUUCAGCGGCUGCCUGGAGGGCCUGGAGCUGAACGGGGAGCCGAUCGGAGUGGGCGACGCGGCGGAGUGGACGGGCUCCGGGAGCCGGAGGCUGUUCGGGGUGUACCAGUGCUGCAGCCGAGCAGGAGCCUGCGACGUCAACCCGUGUCUGAACGGAGGCGUCUGCGAGGAGGACGCUACCGCAGAUCCACGCUGCAGGUGUGCGGGACUCUUCCACGGCGCCCGCUGCGAGCUGGACCACAACCCGUGUGCCUCUGAGCCGUGUGCCCACGGCCGGGUGUGUGUGCCCAAGGCUCAAGGCUACAUGUGCAACUGCUCUCUGGACGACGCUGAAGCACGCUGCCACAACCUCAUCGACGUCUGUUCUCCGAAUCCGUGUCCUGGAGGUUUCGACUGCAAAGUCACCGACGGCUCGAUUCACUGCGACCCUCUGCCUCAGAAGCUAAAUCCAAUGAUCGGCUACAUGGAGAUCAUGGAGAUCAGUGCCAGCGUGCUGGGAUUACUUUUCCUGGUCAGCGUCUUUGUUUGCGUCAGGAAACGUUACGUUCAGCAUAAGAUGAAGAAGAAGAAGCCGGUCUGCGUCCAGGACUCCAAUGGGUAUUUCCAGCCCAGUUUGACCAAGAGCCUCAAAGCCAACAACCAGGAACUGAACCCCAUCGAGAUGAGCUCCAUGGUCGGUCCCACCAACGACCUGGACAGCACGCCGUUCAGGUCGCUGCGCCCCUGCAGCCAGAUGGGUCUGUGCGGUGGCAGGGUUUCUCCUUCAAAGAUGCAGGGGCCGGUUGUGUGCAGUGUGGCCCCCAACCUCCCGGCCAGGCCCCCGUCCAGCUCCGACAACGACUCCAUCAGGAAGAACCACUGGGACAUGGACUACGAAGUGUACCCGGCGGAUCCCGACUACUACGGCCGUCCGUCCGUCCAGGAGUUCCCUCAGUUCGACAUCGUGGAGGACACGUACCCCAGCGGCACCGUGGACUCGCGGAGGAACUCUCGAUUCAACGGCUUCCCCUUCCCGCUGGACCGCUGUGACCGCCGCGCCCCCCUCCCGCCGUGCUACAGCAACCAGAACCUGGACAACUUCCUGGGUCCCGACGGGCUUCCCCUCCCCCGCUCCCAGUGCCCCAACGAGUACACGGCCAUCAGCUACUACCCGGCCCAGAACACCCGCAGCCCGGACAACGUGUCGGGCGGCUACAAGAGACUCAGCAUGCGUCUGAGCGUGGCCAUGCCGUCGUACGCGGAGCAGGCCGACCCGCCACCGGCGCCCAACCCGGCCCAGCCGCAGACACGACCCGCCGGGCCGAACCCGAGGAGCUACGACAGGACAAGCAUGGUGGGCAGCGACUACGGGAGCUGUGAGGAGGUGAUGUUCUAAGGUCCACCGGCCCUCUGCUCUCAGGCAGCUCUGAAGUAGAAGAACGAGAAGUUCAGCAGAAGUUCAUCUUUCUGUGGAGCUCUCGUUAAGAAGGGGGGUGAAAUGUGAACAGUAUUACAGACUCGACUGUUUCAAAGUCAGAACAAGGGCCAAACUUUUUCAUUUUUUAAGCCUCAACCAGGGAGAGAAUCUGACUCCAGAGAAACGGGUCAUGAACACGUGUGGAGAACCACGACUCCUGCGUUGGUCAACACACAUCAUGUGACUCCUGACUUUAAAUUUGAUGCCACGAGAGCUCAGCACUGUUUGACGUGAUUAAACACGAGGUCAGUGCGAAAUGUCUUUGUGAUGAAAUCCUGAAAAGAGGUUUGAUGAGGAUGUUGAGGAUGAAGAGUAAAAGCUUCAUCAUCAUCUCUACUGUUUCUGCUGGUGCAGGUUCGUCUCUAUAUGAAAAGAAGAGGAUCAGAAAGAAGCCGCAGGUUUAAAGUCACUGUUUCACAUCACGACGUAUUAAAAGUGACAUUACGCUCAUUUCAUGCAGGAGAAACAUCUCAGUCGUUGAUCAGCUCGUUGUCGUUUGUCCGUCACGACGUUCGGAGGCUGGAUCCUCAAACAGACUCGAGUGGUCGUGAUGUUUCGUGGUGAAGUUGAUGUGUUUGAACUUUAAGAUGUUUAUUCCUGUAGAUUCUGUCGAUGUUGAAUCUGAUGGAUUUGAAUGAGUGAGAACUUUCUCUCUGGUGGAGAUUCUGUGUUUGUGGUGAACUUCUGCUUCCUCCUGAUAAAAGAAACACUCCAUGUGGAGCAGGAGAGGAAACGUCUGUGCAGCCAUUUUAAAUGUGCUUCAGAUGGAAGAGAUUCUUGUUUUGGUCCCGAGCUCGUUGUGCAAAGUGAGUUUUACUGAAUAUUAGAGUCGAUGCUUUGGCCUGAACUUCAUUUUCUUCAAAAGAAACAGUUUGACAGUAAAAAGACGAGAUUUUCACAUUACAGACAUUUCUUUAAAAAAGAAUUUCAAUGACGAACGAUUUUAAAUAAUCUGUGUCUCGGUUUUGGUUUAUGAAACUUUAAAAACCAGUCAAAUGACCUUCACUUAUCAAAUCUGUCUUUAAACAACUUUUUCUUUUUUGACCCAAAGUGAAUUUACUGUCGACAUAAAAGGCAAAAAAAAGUUGAUACUUGAGAAGUUUCAUUUAGCAAAUAUCUACAAUUUUAUACUUUACAAAUGACCUCAGUCUAAAACGAGUGAAAAGCAUCAAUCUUUUUAUUGAAGAAUGAUUGAAAAUGAAAUUAAAACUUCAAAAAGUAUUUAAUCUAUCGUAUGAAAUAGAGAAAGAACAAAAGAAUCCUAAAAUCUGAGCAGCUUUUAUCUGAAUGUUACUUUACUUACUCAUCAAUUGUUCAGAAAUCCACAGUCGAAUAAUUUCAGGUCUAAAAGUAUUCAUUUCUCAGUGUUGUUUAAUAAAAUAAACCUGCAGCCAUGUUUGUUAAAGUACAACAUAAACUGAGCCACAGUAAAAGUACAUAUAUAUAUAUAUAUAUAUAUAUAUAUAUAUUUUAUAAUUUGUCCACUCAACAUUUUUCAAACGUCGCUAUGACAACGAGUGAUGGUCCUGAUCAGGUCGCUGGUGAAUUCCAGUGCAGAUAAACUCAAUCCAGCUGUUUGGACAGUGUGUGUGUGUGUGUGUGUGUGUGUGUGUGUGUGUGUGUUCACGGUGUUUACUGCUGCUGUGGGGACGCAAAGGAUGCUGGGUAAUCUCGGAGGUUGAGCAGAGACACACACAAGUGUUUAAAGUAAAUUAAACGUAUUUAGUUUUAAUUGUAAAAAAACAAACGCUUAAGAGAAAAGUAUUUGACAUUUCUGAAGACGUUGAACUUGGUCAGAGACGCGGAGUUCGAUAAGUUGCUCUCCUGCUGUAACAGCACUUUACAAAUCACAUGAGAAACAAACCACGACACAGAAAAAUAACAUUUACGUCUCAGAAAAACCUUUAAAAUUUAGAAACCUGGAUGAAUCGAAUGAGCUUUACUCAGAGUAUUAAUACUACUUCUGUACUUAAUUAAGUUUUCUAAGGAAUAACAGACUUUUAAAGAUCAGAGAAACUAAACUAAUCCACUUUAUGCAGAUUUUGAAUCAUAUGUUGUUACAUGUGCUGAAUCCUGCUCAAAGAUUUCACACCAUCGCUGUUGUUGUUGCUGUGGGUUGAUGUAGAAUCAUGUUUAUAAAAAGAUGUAACUAUCUGCAGGUGUUGUGUUGUGUUGUAUAAACAGUUUGUGCCUGUGUGUUGUUGUUGUUUGUGCAGAUUUCACUUGAAUGUGCGUUUGUCUUCAUUCAUUCAUAAAGUUUAUUUUUCUAUCAAUGUGGGCCCCCCCCCCAUGUUUUGCUCUGUUUCUCUGUGAGAGAUUUUUAUUAUGAUGCCAUCCUUCUGUUUUUGUUUUCAACCAUGUAAAGAGAAUAUGAAUAAAGAUAUUAUCUUCUAUGAACCCGA